AUGUCUUUCAGAGCAAACUCAAAUUUCGGUGGGAUUCCGACAACACACCAAGGGUACAAGCAUAAUCGCAGCAUGAGACCCAAUGGGGUUGAUUCAGCUGCGUUCAAGGAAAAGGCACUUCGUGAACUGGAUAGGCUCUCUAAUAAAGUUGACGACCUUACAGAUCAUCCGCUUGUUCAACGAGUGAAGCCCUACGUGCCUGCGUUGUCCCGUUUCUUCAUCGUGGCCACAUUUUACGAGGACUCGUUUCGUAUCAUCUCGCAAUGGAGCGAUCAGGUUUUCUUCUUGUGGAACUACAGACAUUUGCCAUACUUUUUUGUGGUGCUCUUUUUGUUGCUUGUAGUCAUUUCCAUGACAGUAGGGGCCACCAUGCUCGUGCUGCGCAAAAGACUGUUCGUGGCCACAGGCACUCUGUGUGCAUGCAUUGUGCUCCAAGGACUCGUGUACGGUCUGUACGGUGCAUCUUUCAUUUUGAGAAACGUUAGCGUCAUUGGCGGGCUGCUAAUCGCUUUCAGCGACUCUAUCGUACAGAGCAAGACGACAUUUGGAAUGCUUCCGGAAUUGAACAACAAGGACGGGAAAACUAGGGGACUCAUUCUUCUUGCCGGUAGGCUGCUGCUGGUCGUGUUGUUCAUCACAUUCACCUUCAGCAAGAACUGGUUCACAGUGCUCUUGACCAUCAUCGGUACCAUUUGCAUCUCUGUUGGUUUUAAGACCAAGCUGGCGUCUCUACUACUGGGAUUGAUCCUAACGUUUUACAAUGUCACCGUUAACAACUACUGGUUCUACUAUAGCAGCAAAAGAGACCUUUUAAAGUAUGAAUACUUUCAAAAUUUGAGCAUCAUCGGAGGUCUUUUGCUCGUGGUCGCCACGGGAGCUGGUGAACUAUCUCUAGAUGAAAAGAAGAAAAUCUACUAA